UGGCGUAAAUUCAUGUUGUUGAACGGAUGGUUUCACAACAGCCACAUCGGAAUCACCAUUCACGUCAAAACAUGGCUUUAUGUUGUAUAUUUAUGAAUUGCAAUGCGAAAAACUGCCGUGGUAAUUAUGGCUGAUCAAUCCAGACUCGAUAAGAUUGCCGCAGCGAGAAAAAAGCUGAAGAAGUUUCAGUUGAAGAAAGCACCGUUGUUGAAUUCACCAAAGAUUCCGGAUGUCGACGAAACUGAAGAUAAGAGGCAUGAGAAUAAAUCUGAUGUACAAAGUCCAGAAAACCUGACAGAAAGCUUGCAAAAUGGAUCAGAUUCAUCACCAUCUGUGUUGAAAAUCAAGCAAAUGCUCAAACAGCUUAAUGGUUUUUCAAAGCAGGAACAAGUGAAUACAGAUGAUCCAAUUAUUACGGAAAUAGGAGCUUUAGAACGAAGGAAUUCAGACUUGGAACGGAACUUGACCUCUCAUAAGAGAAACAACGAACAGCUUGGUAAUCAGGUGAACGAACAGAGGAAACAAAUAAUCCUAUUGCAAGAACAGAUUAGAAAGGAAAGAACAGAGUUGGCUAAUCGACAACUUUUAGAACAAAGAUCUUUAAAAGAACAGUUGGAGGUAUGUUUGAACUGUGAAAGAUUAGGAUUCUGA